UCCCAAGAUAAGGGAAGCCGCAACACGCUGCUCCCCAGCCCCACACCUCGGGCCUCCUCCUCCUGGAAUACACAGAUGUCAGAAACUGAGCUGGAAAAGAUAAAAGUAAGAACAGCUGAGCAUUUUGAAAAUGAUAAAAAUAACAUUUCUUGGUUGAAGGAAGAUAUGCAACUGACAAAUGAAAAACAUGCAGACGAGAGACCCAUUAAUGCUAUCGUUAUAAAUUCAGUAUCCGAAUUCAAUAUCACAGAUGGACCAGCCAAGGAAACCCCCAAUGAGAAAAAACUGUCAGAAUCCAGCACAUCACUGUCCUCCCUUGAAGAAUGCCAAACGAAAUUUUCUUACCUCCAAACUGAUACUUCAGUUCAUGAGAGAGACACUGAUGAGGCGUGUGCCUCCCUUAUCCUCACCUGUCUGUUUUGUCAGUUCUGGGACUGUCUUCUGAUGCUCCCCGACACGUGUGAAACAGUCUGUACCAAGCUGUGUUGUCCUUCCCACCGGUACCACCACACUGCAGACGAAAACCACUCUCGGAAUGAUUGCAACUGCAACUGUGACAUGGACUGCAGCCUUUUUGAAUCUUGCCAUGAGACCAGCGAGUGUCUGGAGCUGGCCAUGGAGAUUUCAGAAAUCUGUUACCGCUAG